GCGACGAUUAUCCCCAUUUACCUGGGCGAGAUGAGUCCCAAGGAAAUCCGGGCUCGACUCGGGAGCUGCUACCAAUUCACCUUUACCAUUGGAAUAUUAAUCUCGUACUGGGUGGACUAUGCUGUCGUCAAGUUGCUGCCGCCCUUCUCCUCGAAACAAUGGCAGAUUCCCAUGGCUCUGCAGCUCGUCCCUGGGGCCUUGAUGGGCGUGGGAAUGCUAACCGUCCACGAAAGCGUCCGCUGGCUCCUAUUUCGCAGCGCCAACAACCACCAGCAUAAUAAAGCUCUGGAGGAGCAAGCUUGGAUUAGCCUAGCCUGGAUCCGUGGUGGAAGUACAGACGAAGUCCACGCCGAAUUCAAUACAAUCAAAACCGGUGUCGAAUCCGAAGUGCAGACCCGUGCUGACUUCCACCUUUCAGAACUCAUCACUCACAAACCAAACCUCCGCCGCCUGUUUCUGGGAUUCACCAUCUUCCUAGCCCAACAGUCCACCGGUGCCACGGCUCUUGCCUAUUUCGGCCCGCAGUUCUUUGCCAUGCUCGUCGGACCCGGAGACAAGAAUCUCCUACUAACCGGCGUGUUUGGCGGGGUGAAAGUUAUUGCUUGUUUCGUGUUUGUGGUCUUUGUCUCAGAGAGGUUCGGACGUAGGCCGUGUCUUAUUUACGGAGCGGUGGUUAUGUCCGUUUGUAUGGUUAUCACUGCGUUUGUGGUCAAGGCGAAUCCGCCACCUGAACCGCUUUCGCCGUCAUCAACAGAAGAUGACGGUGGUAUACCGACAGCAGGACUCAUAACGGUUCUUCUGAUUUACCUCAACAUCAUCGCGUUUAACCUCUCCUGGGGUCCGCUCCCCUGGCCCUGCAUAUCGGAGAUCUUCCCCACCCGCAUCCGUGAGCCGGGCGUCGCUUUCGGUGUCGCCUCCCAAUGGCUCUUCAAUUUUCUUUGGUCCUCUACUACGCCCUACAUCAUGGCAGGUAUCGGAUGGGCCACGUUCCUGCUCUUUGGCAUACUGGAUCUGCUGUUUGCCGGGUUCGUUUUUGCCUUUCUCAUGGAGACCAAGGGAAAGACGUUGGAGGAGAUUACGGCGCUAUUUGAGGGACCGUCGUAUAUUCCGUUGGGUGAGGACGACGAUAGGUUUAAGGGAUCAGAUCGAGAUGAACCAACUCCUCUACGGUCAUAGAUACUUGUACAGUAUACGCAACUUGGACUAUUCAACCGAUAACUGAAUUGAUUGCUCG